AUGCUUCUAAUCGCCCUGCUGCCCUCAAUUGUUGCCGCCACAUCCAUUCUGGCCCGGCCUGCCGACGGAUCAGCCGUCGUGACUCUCGGAACCAUUGAUCUCGACACCCCCUCCUUCACAUCCACCUCGGACUUUGCCGGCGAGGCUUGCAUCGGCCUGAACGUCGCAGGCGACUUUGUGUGCCACGUUCUGGCGCAGAUCGAGGCCGACAAGGGCAAGGAGUUCACAAUCGAGGCCAAGGACGGCGUCAUCACCAAAAUCAACUUCAAAAAGGGCCUUCCUGCCGCCGAAGACACGGUCACUAUUACCACAGCCCAGGCAGCUCCCGAAGCAGCCAUCAAGGAGCCCGUGCAGCUGGUCAACAACGAGAUUCUCAAGGACGAGCCCGAAAAGACCUUCAUUCAGAAGUACUGGAUGUAUAUUGUGCCCAUUCUGCUGCUGCUGUUGCUGGGCGGAGGUGCUCCCGAGGAGGGAAAGUAA